UCUGACGCAAAAUUUCGCCUUUUGUGUGUUGUCGUUUCGCGAUAGUUAUUGGGUAUUGCGGCGCGCUGUCCGACGACUUUUCUCCGCUACAAACAACCGCACGAACAACGAAUAAACAAUAAAAACAGACAAGAUCCUCGUCGUUUGGGGUUGUGUUACUGUCUCCCAGCCAUGGAUGUUUCGCCGUCUGCCCCGAACGUAUCGUCUCGAGGCCCCACUUUGAAAUGCUGGCGUUAGUCCGGCAACUUUAAUUUACAGUCAUGCAAUCAUGACGUCCGAGAUCCAGUUUGUACGUGGAAAAAUUAAAUCGCAUAGAUGAGUUUAGUACAAUACAAUUUUUAUGGAUGCAUUGACGCCUGACAUUAGGAUAUCAAAGUCUAGAAGGAGUUUUUCUCCUUCACAAAAUUCAAUGCCUAAGAUGGCUAAUAAACCAUGGAAUGCUGCUACUUUUUCUGCUGAUGAAAUUGCCAUGAGCCGAUGUAAAUCACCUGUGGGGUCAUCAGGAAGUAUUCGAGUGGUUCGUCAUGAACGGGGAGGAUCCGCAGACACAGGACUUAUUAGACCUGAUAAUUUAUCAAGUUAUGCAUCCAGUGAAGAACCUAACCCAUCUGGCAACAAUGAAGAUGAUGGUGAUUUAUUUUAUUCAUAUGGUGGGUACAAUGGUGCUGAACUUGCUGAUGAUUCCGAUGGUACAAAAACCAGAGCAGCAAUGGAUCAUGUCCGAUCUAAAAUUGUGCGCACUAAAGAUUUGAUACGAAGUGAACAAACUGCAAGAGAUGAUAAUGUCAAUGAGUAUUUAAAAUUGGCAUCAAAUGCAGAUAAACAACAACUGGCUCGUAUUAAGUCAAUAUUUGAAAAAAAAAAUCAAAAAUCUGCUGUUGGUAUAUCACAACUACAAAAAAAACUUGAAGGUUAUAAUAAGCGAUUAAAAGACUUAGAAACACAUGGGCUCACAACGUCACAUCAUUUGAAACAACCAAAAGAGAUGUUAAGAGAUGUUGGACAUGGUCUAAGGCAUGUUGGUGGUAAUAUAAGAGAUGGAAUUUCUGGUUUAUCUGGAUCGGUGAUGUCAAAACCACGAGAAUUUGCUCAUCUAAUUCGAAAUAAAUUUGGUAGUGCUGACAAUAUCAAUUCAAUAUCAAGAUCAAGUGAAGCUGAUCUAACUGAAGAUAAUAGUGAUAAACAGAGUGGUCGUAACCAUCAUGGCAGUGCUACUUUGCCUGGAGGUGUUGGACUUCAUGCAUCAACUGCCGGUGCUGCCGCAUCACGUAGUGAAGACGGUGCUUCAGAAUGCAGUUCUGUGACUAGCGAAUCAAUUCCACCACGAACAGGUCCUGGGGCGCCUCCACCUCCUGCAUCUGCAACUACUUCUUUGGAACCAGUUUGGGCCGAAUUAGAUCAUUUACGCUCAAAAAUGGAACACAUUAAACAGUUAGUAUCCAAAGAUAUUGCAUCUUUAAACCAUUCCCUUCAGGAAGAACGCUUUCGUACUGAGCGGCUCGAAGAGCAAAUAAAUGAUCUCACUGAGCUACAUCAGAACGAAGUGGAAAAUCUUAAACAAACCAUCACAGAUAUGGAAGAAAAAGUGCAGUACCAGAGUGAAGAGAGACUUCGUGAUAUUCAUGAAAUGCUUGAAGCGUGUCAAACAAAAAUGUCUAAAAUGGAACAUCAACAGGCACAGCACCAACAGUAUGUCACAUUAGAAGGAUUAGACAAUUCUAAUGCUCGUGCGUUAGUGGUAAAAUUAAUAAAUGUGUUACUCACUGUGCUCCAGGUAGUCUUACUUUUAGUUGCCACUUUUGCUGGCAUUCUGAUGCCAUUUUUAAGAACUCGUUUAAGAAUAAUUACCACAACUGCUGUAGUUGCUGGGUUAUUCAUUGCAGUAAAACAAUGGCCAGACAGUGUCAGCCUGAGUGAUUACCUCAUUAAACAUGGCAAGCAAGCCCUGUUAUCUGUUAAAUAGAUUCCUUUUCUAUUUCACUUUUUUCACAAUGAUAUAUACAUCUAUGUAAACUGGUGUGAUAAUUCUUUCAAUUUAAGGCCAAUUACCAUGACAAUUUAUAAAAUAAUAUUGUGACAGUAUUAGAGAGAAAAACAAUAAUGAGCAUAUCGUCUUAACAUUAUAAUAUUAUUCUUUAUAAACGUAUAGACAAUAUAAAUAGUAUAUAACUUACUCUAUCCUUCUCAACCUGCCAUGACUAUUGUUGUUAUUAAAACCAUAUUUUAAAUUAAUAUAAUUGUUUUUUUAUAUACAUAAAAUGUAUUAUUUAACUUGUUUUAUAAUUGAUUGGAUAUGAGAGUUCAAUGACACCCGUGGUGAUAGUGAAUACAACGAAAUGGUAGCACUGAAAUUCAUUGUAAGUCAUAAUGAUAAUUUUUUAUUAUAGCAUAUUUUUUUAUUUACUUUUAUAUCUAUUACAUGUAAUAUUAUUUUGCUUGAUCCUCCUACCCUUCCCCACGAAUUGAUGUAGUUUAGAAAGUCUUGUGAUUUGUAUUAUUAUUAAUUUUUGUGUACAUAAAUUAAAUCAUGUAUAAUAAUUAUUUAUAAUAUUAUAUAGAAUAUCUAUGCCUUUUAUGAUCCAAAUUUUAGUCAUUUUUAUUGUGUAACAAAUAGUAUUACACUUAAUAAGUAAGUUAUGAUUUAUACAUUUUUUCAAUAUUUUUCAAACUAAUUAAUAUUGAAAUAUUUAAGUACUCACUACUUCGCUGUAUUUAAUUUAAAGUUAUUAUUUAACUUUAUAAUAUGUUAUAAUUUAAUAGUCCAUUUUCAAACAUUUGUUUCUAUUUAAUUUAUUUUUUGUGUAUUUAAUAUAUAGUCAUAUUCUUUGAUUUCCAUAGCCCAGCUUACAUAAAUAAGUAUAAAAUAAAACCUUAUAGAAUUUACAGUAGAGUCUUAACAAUCCGACACUUGGGGACCAUUAAUACUGCCAAAUUAUCAUAACAAAUAAAAAUGUAAAAAGAAAUAAAUUAAAAUUAUAAAAACUUGUAUUUAUUUAUUUUUAUUACAAUUGAAAAUGUAACUGGUAGAAAUCCUAAUGAUAACCUAAAAUAUAAAAUUAAAGCUGGUAGUCACUACAAAUGCCGGAUUACUGAGAACUGGCUUAAUAGGUGCCGGAUUAUCAUGAUUCUACUGUAUUUUACUUUUUGUUUCAAACCGUUGAAAUUUCUUUUUUAUACAAAAUGUAGUAUGAUAGUAUAGGUGUAGUGUGUACUGUAUAUGAUUCAAUGUAUAUUUGAAAUUCAUAAUAUGAUCGAAAAAUAUUGGUUGAUUUGUGUAUUUCCAUGCAAUGUGUUAUGUGAUUAUUUCUAAAAAUUCAACUGCAUUUGUACAAAUCAUAUCGCACAUUUUAAGUUACCCUAUAAUAUUGUAUUAUUUACCUGUUCUAUAUUUUUUGCUCAUUUAUCAUAUUAUCCCCGUCCAAUGCUUUUGUAAGUCUGAGAUAGUAUGUUUAAGCAACAUUAAUUUCUGUACCCCUGGUAAACAACUAGUGUUCUUCUGUAUUGACUUGGAAUUUAUUCAUUGUUGUCAAGUUCCUGUUUUUUUUUUAAGUUAAAUUAUUAACUUUCCGAGUUAACAUAAUAUAAUUUAAUAUAAAU